AUGGCGGCGCGGCUCGCCGUUUCAACGGCCGUCGCAGCGUCGUUUCGUCAAAUUCAGUUCUUCAACGUUGUAGCGUCCUCCCAUCCCGCCAUCGCAGCCUGCGAGAUUGCAUCGUUUCGCCACGCUCUGGUUACCAAUGCCUUCGCCGUGCGACCGCCGCUAGUCGCAUGCGCGCUGCUCCAUCGCGCCUCCCCUGCUGUCGAUUCGUCUCACGGGAACUCAAAUCCGAUCCGUUCGACCAGCAGGCGCGGCGAUUCCCGUUCUUCCGCCUGUAGAGACGAACGCGCGCUCCCCUCCGCACACGUAUUCCCCGUCGCUCCAGUCUCCGUUUCCCUUCGGCCAUCCCUUCUCCUAGACUCGCCUGUCAAAGAAUCGACCAUCCCUUUGGCCGUCGACGCCGCUCUCGGCAUUCCUCAGGCCGUCAUCGCGCUCCCCCUCUGCUCCGCGUCUUCCGCUUCUUCCGCCUUCCGCCGAUCGCUUGCUUCCGCUUCCCCUUCGUUACCUCCUUCUACACUCCGCACAUCAGCGCACCCCGCCAAUUUGCUCGUCCUCCAGUUUUCUCCGUUACCACUUUUGAACCACCAACGGCCUCGCUUCUCGUCUUCCUCUCCCUACCCCCACUCUUCCGGCUCCUCCCCCUCCUCCCCCUCCUCCCCCUCCUCCCCCUCCUCCGCUUCCUCCCCUUCCUCCCUCUUCGCCUGGUCUGCCACUCAAGCCGCGCUUUCCCCCUCCUCCGCUUCCGCCCGCGCCUUCUCCACGUCGUCCGCCUUCCCCCCGCCGUCGCCGCACUCGCGCGGAGCGCUCACGAGCAGAUGGGCGGCGGACAGGAAGCGGAAGAAGGAAGCUUCGAAGAAGGUAUCACUGGCGUUGCGUCCCAUGCGCCCUGAUCCCCCCCACUUUGCUUUUCCCGUUUUUCUCCUCCACUCGUCCUCCCCCCCGCCUCCCACGCCCACCAGGCGUCAGUGGCGCGUCACUGGCGUCGCUGCUGGCCCGAUCAGACCAUGUGGUCACUCGCAGGGUGGAGGUUUGAGACGCCUCAAAGCUCUGCCUCCCCCGCUCUUCCCCUCCCCCUGCCUGUCCUCCUUGCUUCCCCUUCCCCCUGCCCCCCUCGCCCACCAGGCGUCGCUGGCGUCGCUGCUGGCACGGUCGGACCUGGUGGUCACUCGCAGGGUGGAGUGGGGCAACGUGCUGCUGGGAUCUCCAUCUCUUGAGUUCCAUUGUUCCCAACCCGUUUGGCACCCUGCGCGUCAGCAACACCUUACCGCUUAUGCCUUUUCCUCUGUAUUUCCCCGUUGCAACCCCCCCCCCAUGGCCUCCCACCAUGCCCCACCAUGCGUCAUGCGGCAUCUCUGCAGCACGUGGGGGCUAUUGUGGAGAGCAGCAACUGGCUCAUGCGCCAGGUGUGAAGGGGGUGGGUGCAAGGGGGUUGGUGUAAUGGGGGUGGGAGCACCGCACGCUCAUACGCUGCACCGCCCGCUCAUACGCUGCACCGCACGCUCAUACGCUGCACCGCACGCUCAUACGCUGCACCGCACGCUCAUACGCUGCACCGCACGCUCAUACGCUGCACCGCACGCUCAUACGCUGCACCGCCCGCUCAUACGCUGUACCGCACGCUCAUACGCUGCACCGCACGCUCAUACGCUGCACCGCACGCUCAUACGCUGCACCGCACGCUCAUACGCUGCACCGCACGCUCAUACGCUGCACCGCACGCUCAUACGCUGCACCGCACGCUCAUACGCUGCACCGCCCGCUCAUACGCUGCACCGCACGCUCAUACGCUGCACCGCCCGCUCAUACGCUGCACCGCACGCUCAUACGCUGCACCGCACGCUCAUACGCUGCACCGCCCGCUCAUACGCUGCACUGCACGCUCAUACGCUGCACCGCACGCUCAUACGCUGCACCGCACGCUCAUACGCUGCACCGCCCGCUCAUACGCUGCACCGCACGCUCAUACGCUGCACCGCCCGCUCAUACGCUGCACCGCACGCUCAUACGCUCCACCGCACGCUCAUACGCUGCACCGCCCGCUGCACCGCACGCUCAUACGCUGCACCGCCCGCUCAUACGCUGCACCGCCCGCUCAUACGCUGCACCGCACGCUCAUACGCUGCACCGCACGCUCAUACGCUGCACCGCACGCUCAUACGCUGCACCGCACGCUCAUACGCUGCACCGCACGCUCAUACGCUCCACCGCACGCUCAUACGCUGCACCGCCUGCUCAUACGCUGCACCGCCCGCUCAUACGCUGCACCGCCCGCUCAUACGCUGCACCGCCCGCUCAUACGCUGCACCGCACGCUCAUACGCUGCACCGCACGCUCAUACGCUGCACCGCACGCUCAUACGCUGCACCGCACGCUCAUACGCUGCACCGCACGCUCAUACGCUGCACCGCACGCUCAUACGCUGCACCGCCCGCUCAUACGCUGCACCGCCCGCUCAUACGCUGCACCGCACGCUCAUACGCUGCACCGCACGCUCAUACGCUGCACCGCACGCUCAUACGCUGCACCGCACGCUCAUACGCUGCACCGCACGCUCAUACGCUGCACCGCACGCUCAUACGCUGCACCGCACGUUCAUACGCUGCACCGCACGCUCAUACGCUGCACCGCACGCUCAUACGCUGCACCGCCCGCUCAUACGCUGCACCUCACGCUCAUACGCUGCACCGCCCGCUCAUACGCUGCACCGCACGCUCAUACGCUGCACCGCACGCUCAUACGCUGCACCGCACGCUCAUACGCUGCACCGCACGCUCAUACGCUGCACCGCACGCUCAUACGCUGCACCGCCCGCUCAUACGCUGCACCGCACGCUCAUACGCUGCACCGCACGCUCAUACGCUGCACCGCACGCUCAUACGCUGCACCGCACGCUCAUACGCUGCACCGCACGCUCAUACGCUGCACCGCACGCUCAUACGCUGCACCGCACGCUCAUACGCUGCACCGCCCGCUCAUACGCUGCACCGCACGCUCAUACGCUGCACCGCCCGCUCAUACGCUGCACCGCACGCUCAUACGCUGCACCGCACGCUCAUACGCUGCACCGCCCGCUCAUACGCUGCACUGCACGCUCAUACGCUGCACCGCACGCUCAUACGCUGCACCGCACGCUCAUACGCUGCACCGCCCGCUCAUACGCUGCACCGCACGCUCAUACGCUGCACCGCCCGCUCAUACGCUGCACCGCACGCUCAUACGCUCCACCGCACGCUCAUACGCUGCACCGCCCGCUGCACCGCACGCUCAUACGCUGCACCGCCCGCUCAUACGCUGCACCGCCCGCUCAUACGCUGCACCGCACGCUCAUACGCUGCACCGCACGCUCAUACGCUGCACCGCACGCUCAUACGCUGCACCGCACGCUCAUACGCUGCACCGCACGCUCAUACGCUCCACCGCACGCUCAUACGCUGCACCGCCUGCUCAUACGCUGCACCGCCCGCUCAUACGCUGCACCGCCCGCUCAUACGCUGCACCGCCCGCUCAUACGCUGCACCGCACGCUCAUACGCUGCACCGCACGCUCAUACGCUGCACCGCACGCUCAUACGCUGCACCGCACGCUCAUACGCUGCACCGCACGCUCAUACGCUGCACCGCACGCUCAUACGCUGCACCGCCCGCUCAUACGCUGCACCGCCCGCUCAUACGCUGCACCGCACGCUCAUACGCUGCACCGCACGCUCAUACGCUGCACCGCACGCUCAUACGCUGCACCGCACGCUCAUACGCUGCACCGCACGCUCAUACUCUGCACCGCACGCUCAUACGCUGCACCGCACGUUCAUACGCUGCACCGCACGCUCAUACGCUGCACCGCACGCUCAUACGCUGCACCGCCCGCUCAUACGCUGCACCUCACGCUCAUACGCUGCACCGCCCGCUCAUACGCUGCACCGCCCGCUCAUACGCUGCACCCCCCGCUCAUGUGCUGCACCGCACGCUCAUGCGCUGCACCGCACGCUCAUGCGCUGCACCGAACGCUCAUACGCUUUACCGCACGCUCAUACGCUGCACCGCACGCUCAUACGCUCCACCGCACGCUCAUACGCUGCACCGCACGCUCAUACGCUGCACCGCACGCUCAUACGCUGCACUGCCCGCUCAUACGCUGCACCGCCCGCUCAUACACUGCACCGCACGCUCAUACGCUGCACCGCACGCUCAUACGCUGCACUGCACGCUCAUACGCUGCACCGCACGCUCAUACGCUGCACCGCACGCUCAUACGCUGCACCGCACGCUCAUACGCUGCACCGCCCGCUCAUACGCUGCACCGCCCGCUCAUACGCUGCACCGCCCGCUCAUGCGCUGCACUGCACGCUCAUGCGCUGCACCGCACGCUCAUACGCUGCACCGCACGCUCAUACGCUGCACCGCACGCUCAUACGCUGCACCGCACGCUCAUACGCUGCACCGCCCUCUCAUACGCUGCACCGCACGCUCAUAUGCUGCACCGCCCGCUCAUACGCUGCACCGCACGCUUAUACGCUGCACCGCACGCUCAUACGCUGCGCCGCCCGGUCAUGCGCUGCACCGCACGCUCAUACGCUACACCACACGCUCAUACGUUGCACGCUGCACCGCACGCUCAUACGCUGCACCGCCCGCUCAUACGCUGCACCGCACGCUCAUACGCUGCACCGCCCGCUCAUACGCUGCACCGCACGCCCAUAAGCUGCACCGCCCGGUCAUACGCUGCACCGCCCGCUCAUACGCUGCACCGCACGCUCAUAAGCUGCACCAUACGCUCAUACGCUGCACCGCCCUCUCAUACGCUGCACCGCAUGCUCAUACGCUGCACCCUGCACUGCCCGGUCAUACGCUGCACCGCCCGCUCAUACGCUGCACCGCCCGCUCAUACGCUGCACCGCCCGCUCAUACGCUGCACCGCCCGCUCAUACGCUGCACCGCAUGCUCAUACGCUGCACCGCCCGCUCAUACGCUGCACCGCACGCCCAUAAGCUGCACCGCCCGGUCAUACGCUGCACCGCACGCUCAUAAGCUGCACCGCCCGCUCAUACGCUGCUCCACACGCUCAUUCGCUGCACCGCACGCUCAUGCGCUGCACCGCCCGCUCAUACGCUGCACCGCACGCUCAUACGCUGCACCGCCCGGUCAUACGCUGUACCGCACGCUCAUAAGCUGCACCGCCCGCUCAUACGCUGCACCGCACGCUCAUUCGCUGCACCGCACGCUCAUGCGCUGCACCGCCCGCUCAUACGCUGCACCACGCGCUCAUGCGCUGCACCGCACGCUCAUACGUUGCACCGCCCGCUCAUGCGCUGCACCGCCCGCUCAUGCGCUGCACCGCCCGCUCAUACGCCGCCCCGCACGCUCAUACGCUGCACCGCCCGCUCAUACGCUGCACCGCACGCUCAUAAGCUGCACCGCCCGGUCAUACGCUGCACCGCACGCUUAUACCCUGCACCGCCCGCUCAUACGCUGCACCGUACGCUCAUUCGCUGCACCGCCCGCUCAUACGCUGCACCGCGCGCACAUACGCUGCACCGCCCGCUCGUGCGCUGCACCGCCCGCUCAUGCACUGCACCGCCCGCUCAUACGCUGCACCGCCCGCUCAUACGCUGCACCGCCCGCUCAUACACUGCACCCCGCAAAUACGCUGCACCGCCCGCUCAUACGCUGCACCGCCCGCUCAUACGCUGCACCGCCCGCUCAUACGCAUGCUCAUACGCUGCACCGCCCGCUCAUACGCUGUCCCACACGCUCAUACGCUGCACCGCACGCUCAUACGUUGCAUCGCACGCUCAUACGCUGCACCGCCCGCUCAUACGCUGCAUCGCACGCUCAUACGCUGCACCGCCCGCUCAUACGCUGCAUCGCACGCUCAUACGCUGCACCGCACGCUCAGAAUCUGCACCGCCCGCUGAUACGCUGCACCGCCCGCUCAUACACUGCACCGCCCGCUCAUACGCUGCACCGCACGACGCCUUCGUUCCUGAGGGCGCAUCGCCCCUUCACUGCGUCCAUCCACGAUGCACACGGCACGCUGCUGCUCACCGUGCGGCGGCCCUUGUUUUUCAUCACCAGCACCAUCUAUGUUGAUCUGCCUGCUCAGAAGGGCGUAGGGCAGGUGCACAGGCGGUGGCACCUGUGGAAGCGAGUGUACGAUGCGUACCUGCACAAGCAGCAGUUUGCGAGAGUGGUUAACCCUGGCUUUUGGUGGUGGUCCUUCGCUCUGUGCGACGCCGAGGGGCAGAGGAUAGCAGAGAUCACCCGCAACUGGCGGGGGUUGGGCUUUGAGGUGUUCACAGAUGCGGGGCAGUACGUGGUGAGAUUCGGAUCUGUGCGGCACUGGCAGCAGCAGCAGCGGGACAAGCGGGAGCAGCGGGAGCGGGAGGGCAGGGAGGGUGAAGAGGAGAAGGCGCAGCAGUAUCAUCAGCCAUGGUUCUCAACAGAAGCGGACGAGGGUCCCGUGCUCUCGGUGGCGCGCCCGCUCUCGCUGCUGGAGCGGGCAGUGUGUCUGGCGCUGGCCGUUUCACUUGACAACGACUACUUCUCCCGCCACAGGUCAGUGGUCAGCACUCGCCGCAGGUCCCCUGCUCCCUGUAGCGCGCCCUCUCUCUCUGCUGGAUGGAGAGAGCAGUGUGUGUGGCGCUGGCCGUCUCACUCGACAACGACUUCUCACGCCACAGCGGGCAGCGCAGAAAGCGGCGGCAAGAUGUCGGUGAGCACGUCCGCGUUAUACGCGAUCAUGUUCCUGUGCGCCGCCUUCGUCUUCUCCUUCCUCUUCCGCGUCCUCCGCGCGCUGCUGCUGCACGCCGCGCUGCUCUCGCCGCUCCCGCGCCGAUCCGACGACCCAGAUUCCACCAUCCACGUGCGCACCGUUCUCGUCAUGGACGGAGUUCCGGAGGGCGCGCCAGCGCACGCGGGGGAAGGGGAAACGAGGGGCGCGGGAGGGGGGACAAGAGGGAAAGGGUUGCGGGCGGAAGAGAUUGCGCAGCACAGCGAUUUGAUUCGGUACAGUGAGGUAAAGGAGGAGCGGAGAGUAGAAGAGAGGGAUUUGGUAGUGGUUGAGAUAGGCGAGAGGGGGGAGCGAGAGCAGGGUUGGGAUAGUGAAAAGGCGCGCGCGGGGACGGAAGGUGGUGCUGAGGCAGCGUGUGAGGGGGAGGGGCAGCGAGAGGCGGAUAGAGAAACGGACGCAGCAAGAGCAGGGGCGGCAGUAAACGGACAGGGCAGUGAAAAGGCUGAGCGGCGACGGGACGUGGAUGGUUCGAGCGAGCGUCUUGCGAAGGCGCAGCACAAGAAGCAGGAGACGGAGGAGAAGGGGGCGGGAGCUGCACGGGCAGCAGAAGCAGGAGGAGGGGCAGGGGGCGGAGCAGUAGGGGGCGGAAGAACAGGGGGCGGAAGAGUAGGGGGCGGAGAGGAAGAAGAGGGAGGAGUGGAGGGGGUAUGGGGGGCAUUGGCGGUGGAGUGUUCAGUGUGCUUGACGGAGUUCAAGGAGGAGGAGCGUGUGAGACGACUGCACUGCUGCACCCACAUGUUCCACCAGGAGUGCAUAGACGGCUGGCUGCAAGCCCACACCUCGUGCCCUCUCUGCCGUGCGUCAACAUUGCCCCAUUCCCCUUAUAAGAAACUUCUGUCAUUCCCCUCGGUCAUGGACCUCGGGAUUCUCCUCGCGUUCGCCGUGAUGGUCGCGUCCAUGAUUCUCGUCUGCGCCUACCGCCUGUUCCGCGUCGUCUGGGCCGAGGAGCAGGCGGAGCGUGCGCGGGAGCGCGAGCGCGCAUUGCGCGAGAGAGCUGCGCGCAGUCGGCUGGCGGAGGCGCUGGAUCCAAAGCUGCUGGGGGCGUUCAGCGACCUCGUCACGUACGCGGAUGCGAAGUUAGAGCGCGACGCGGAUGAGAAGCUAGAGCGCGACGCGGAUGCGCGUGGAAGCGCGCCGAGCUCUCCCUGCGCUGAUAAGGGCUUCGUGACGCUGGCAGAUGUGACUGUAGCGGGGGCGAAGCUACUAAGGGACGACGAGUCAUGCGUGGGCGGCGGUGGUUGUGUACAAGAGGAUGGGGCGACUGUUGUGGUGGGCAUUGACAUUCGGGUGGAGGGCACUGGAGCAGGCGGCAGUGAGUGCAGCAGCAGGAAGGAAUGUCACCCAGGAUGUGAAUUAACAUCGGCAGAACCGAAUCGUACAUUAUCAGGCGAAGGUGAAGGUGAGGGUGGGGGUGGGGUUGAGAUGGAGGGGGAAGCCAUUGAGCGGACGCCAUCUCGUCCAGCCACGUUGGACGGCGUGGCUGCAAGUUGUGAUCAAAAGAACUGGGCCAUUGAGGAUGGGUCGAGUGCGGUGCAAGGAGAGGAAUCCGCAGCUGCUGAAGGCACAGAGUCACAGGAGGAGUCAAGGGUUUGUGCUGACAACAUGGCCUUGCCAUCCUCAGAUGCUACUUCUAAAUGCUCCUCUCCGUCAGGUGGUGAGAGGCAGGGCCUGUUGCCUGCUGCGAUGCUCGCAGGACAGCCUGAUUCUUUAGCAGUGGCGGGGAGUGGCGGCACGAAUGGUGAAUGUGAGGUGGCGAUUCCUGUGAUUCCUGUGACGGCAGCUGAGUGCUCCGUGUGUCUGGUGGAGUUUGAGGAUGAUGCCAUGCUGCGCCGCAUGCACUGCUGCCGACACUUGUUUCACCAGGUGAGCAUGGGGGAAGGGGAGUGGUGGUGGAACAUGGGGAAUAGGUAA